AUGCAGCUAGAUCAAUCAAGAGAAAAAUGCAUCGUCAAUGUUUGCCAGCCAGGGAAAAACUUAUUGAUUGCAGGCCAUUGCCUAUACUCAAGCUCUGUAGUCUUCACUAUUUCCUUAGGCAAUGGGUGUUUAUCUAAUACCCUAGAUCCCACUUAUGGUGAAUUCGUGUUAACACAUGAGAACAUCAAAAUACCUGAGUCUAGUAAAAUUUACUCUUUCAAUGAAGGGAAUUUUGACCUCUGGGGUGAAAAACUGAAGAACUACCUCGAUCACCUUCGGCAACCAGUAUCCAAUGGCAAACCUUAUUCGGACAGCUACAUCGGUUGCCUUGUCGGUGAAAUUCAUCGAAUGCUGCUUCGUGGAGGUAUUUAUGGCAACCCCAAAAACAAGAACAACAAAAAUGGGAAUCUGAGACUGCUAUACGAGUGUGCACCUAUGAGCUUUUUAAUAGAACAAGUUGGUGUUGUUGCAAUAGACGGUGAACAAAGAAUUCUGGACAUCGUACCUGAGCAGGUACACCAGCGUACACCAAUUUUCCUUGGAAGCCCAAAUGAAGUUCGGAAACUACAGAACUACUUAGCUUGA